AUGAGUGUUGAGGACUAUUUCACAGAAAAUGUCCUGGAAUAUUUCACAGAAAAUGUCCUGGAAUAUUUCACAGACAAUGUCCUGGAAUAUUUCACAGAAAAUGUCCUGGAAUAUUUCACAGACAAUGUCCUGGAAUAUUUCACAGAAAAUGUCCUGGAAUAUUUCACAGAAAAUGUCCUGGAAUAUUUCACAGAAAAUGUCCUGGACUAUUUCACAGACAAUGUCCUGGAAUAUUUCACAGAAAAUGUCCUGGAAUAUUUCACAGAAAAUGUCCUGGAAUAUUUCACAUGA